UCAUGCUUGCAUGCCGAGGUCCAGAGUGUGUCAUGGGUCCCUGUACGGCCUCCCAUUGCUGCUGUCUCCCUCGGCCACCACUCUGUGCCAUGUGCCACUUUCAGGUCCUCCUCACACUGCUGGUGGGAUCCAUAUGUCAUAGAGGUGCUGUAUAUGGCUCCCCAUUGCUGCUGUCCCAGUCCCGUAAUCAGGCCCAUGGGCCGCCCGUACCGACUCCCUCAUGCUGCUGCCAGGUCCAGAGUGUGUCAUGGGUCCCUGUACGGCCUCCCAUUGCUGCUGUCUCCAUCGCCACACUCUGCCGAUGUGCCACUUUCAGGUCUCCUCACACUGCUGGUGGGUUCCAUUUUUUG